UCGAAAAUAAACAAAUGGUAACUUCUGAGGCAGCGACGCAACGUCUGCGCCCUGACUGAUGAAGAUCGGGUGCUGGCGAGCAGGAGGUGGAGGAGCUGGAACCCAAGAUGCAACUGGAACCGAUGACGGAGGAUGAGGGAACGGCAGUUGGACUAUUUAUGAUGUAUUUCUCGGUUAAUUAGUUGCAGCUGAACGCAACAAAAUGGGUGUGGGAAUGGAAUUGGUAUCGGGACUGCUUCCGCGUGCAGUUGCUAGACAUCCAACCAGUCAUCUUCAGCCGACCAGAGGAAAGUGCGUGGUUUAGGGCCCUGGAUAUUUUUGCUAUAUUUGGAUAAUGCGCCGCUUGAUCGGUGAUGGAUGCCUUUGCCUUUUCAUCAUUUAUCUUCGAGUGCAGCGGGCUAAUGGAACUGCAGUGGAUUCCAGGAACUGGAGCGGAACAAUGACGACGACGAUGGCCAUAAUGACGCUGCACCCGGGCAGACGAUUUGGGCAAUUUUGGGUGGAAUAAUUAAAAACUUAAAUUAGCCUCUAAAUUAAAAACCAUCAAAUGUUACGCAAAAUUACUCUUCCACAGCGAAUUAUCAGUUAUAAAGGCCCUGAAUUUUAGAUUGGGUUAGCCAUGGCAUUGCAGAAAAUGUGUUUCCAACAACUCCACGCAUUUGUUCUGCUCCUCCUGGUCGUGUGGGCCAUGGGCAGAAUCACGGUACCCGAUUUUGACGAGGAUUGCGAAUUAAAUGCAGUUGAUACAAUGCAUGAUUUCUGCUGCGACCUGCAUGAUGAGAGUCCGCACUUCAGCGACUGCCAGAUGGAAUGGCAUGAGAAGAUCCACUACGAGACAGAUGAGGAAGAGCAGGCCUACAUGUUUUGCACAACAGAAUGCAGUUUCAACAAAACAGAAUUCCUGGGCAGGGAUCGCAGUUCCUUAAAUCUGGUCGAGGUAAAGGAGCACUUGGAAAGCGAUCUGGUCAACGAUGCGGAUGUGGACCUCCUCUUUAACACCUACAUCAAGUGCGAUAAGCAUGCACUCUUCCUUUUGCCACACAAGGGAGUCAAGCAGCUGGCCAAACGCUUGAGCCGGUACGGCUGCCAUCCGUAUCCCGGUUUGGUGCUUGAGUGCGUUGCCAACGAGAUGAUUCUUCAUUGUCCCGCCAAGCGGUUCCAUCAAACCGCCCAAUGCGAAGAGACCCGCAAUCAUCUUAAGCAGUGCAUCCAUUACCUAAAGUACAAGUCCUAAAUAUGUAAAAAAUACACAGUCAUUUGCAGCUUACAGUUUUAUUGUCCUUUGCUAUAACUUAACUAAGACUAAGGAUGAGUAGACCCGCUAGCU